ACACUUGUCUUUGAUAUCUAAGUGUCUCUCUCUCUCUCACUCUCUCUCUCUCAAACGCCAUGUCUGCAGCCUUGCCGCCCCGACAGCACAGCCAGACAACGACUAAUUCUGUGGCUUUUUACCGGAUUUAGCAGUUUUUAUUCAUAUUACUAUUGAUUUCCAAUUUGUGUCCAUCAAUAAAAAAGAGACACAAACUCAAAUGUGAUUGUUUUGCAUCAUCUUACACCCAGAAAUUUGCUGGUAUCCUCAAAACAUUCUGCGGCGACUUAAGCACAAGAGCCGCCCUGUUGCCGUGGUGACGAUCCAGUGGCGCCUUGACUGACAGGUGUUUGUCCAGAAGAAAGUGUCUGAGUGCUGCCGUCAACAUGUGCUAGAAGCUGAACAGUCAGCAAUCAAGAUUGGUCAGCUUUGACUCCAGAAGAUGAGCAAUGAAGAUGUUUUCUACGACGCCGUUUCAGGCCUAGAAUCAGACGAGUCAUAUGAAGGGGUGUCAGAGUCCAUUUACAAAGAUGCACUGGUGUUUGGCAGCAGUAGUCGGAAGAACAACGGGUCAAAGCCUCAAGAGAAUGGCGUCAGGAAACACAGGACGUCAUUACCUGCACCCAUGUUUUCCAGAAGCAGUCUUAGUGUCUGGAGUAUCCUUAAGAAAUGCAUCGGAAUGGAACUCUCCAAGAUCACGAUGCCUGUCGUCUUCAACGAGCCUCUCAGCUUCCUGCAGAGAAUCACUGAAUACAUGGAGCACACUUACCUCAUCAACAGAGCCUGCUUGCUGUCUGACUCCAUAGAGCGCAUGCAGGCAGUGGCUGCCUUUGCUGUGUCAGCUGUUGCGUCUCAGUGGGAGCGAACUGGAAAACCCUUCAACCCUCUACUGGGAGAGACUUAUGAACUUAACAGAGAGGAUCAAGGUUUCCGUCUGAUAGCAGAGCAAGUAUCCCAUCAUCCCCCAGUGAGUGCCUUCCAUGCCGAGAGCCUGGCUGGAGACUUUGUCUUCCACGGAUCCAUCUACCCCAAACUCAAAUUCUGGGGAAAGAGUGUUGAAGCAGAGCCUAAAGGGACCAUCACACUAGAGAUACUUAAGCACAAUGAGACAUACACUUGGAGUAACCCUCACUGCUGUGUGCACAACAUCAUCUUGGGCAAACUGUGGAUAGAACAGUACGGCACAGUGGAAAUAGUCAACCACAGCACUGGAGACAAGUGUGUGUUGAAUUUCAAGCCCUGUGGCAUGUUUGGCAAAGAGCUGCACAAAGUGGAGGGAUACAUCCAGGAUAAGAGUAAAAAGAAGCAUUGUGUCAUCUACGGGAAGUGGACAGAGUGCAUGUGGAGCAUUGACCCUCAGGCCUACGAGGCCCACAAGAAGUCUGAGAAGAAAGGAGAUAAGAAGCACAAACAUGAAGAGCAAGCGAGAUCGGACAAUGAUGACGCGGAUGACAUGCCAGAGGUCCAAGAGACGGUAUCGGUUGUACCAGGAAGUACUCUGCUGUGGAGGAUAGAUUCUAGACCGGCUCACUCUGCUAGGAUGUAUAACUUCACCAACUUUGCAAUGGCUCUCAAUGAACUGGAGCCGGGAAUGGAGGCCACCGUGGCACCCACGGAUUGUCGCUUCAGACCUGACAUCAGAGCCAUGGAAAAUGGCAAAAUGGAAGAAGCCAGUCAGGAGAAGGAGAGACUGGAGGAUAAACAGCGAACUUCCAGAAAGGAGAGAGCCAAGCAUAACGAUGAGUGGUCUACACGGUGGUUCCAAACUGGCACCAACCCGUGCACCGGCUCCCAGGACUGGAUCUACUCUGGUGGUUACUUCAACAGAAACUACAACAACCUGCCUGAUAUCUACUGAUGGUCCGUUUGCCUUGGCCUUUUUUUUUUCCUGCUCCGCCUUUCUAAAGCUGACAAACAUCGGACCUAUUCAACCCUUGGAGGGACUCGCCAAGAACUAAAGCCUUCAUCAUUUAACUUGCAAAGAGGCCACAAGUCCCCUCCCUCGUCCACUCCCUCUCAUCUUCCUUCAUUAAGGAUUUUACGCCUUACAUGUGUGACUGUUCUCCCCGAAAAACAUCUUUCUGUAGCGCUUCCAUACUUAUUUCUGCACGUCACGGACCAAUCAAUCUGGAUGGGAAAAACGUCAUUAGGGAAGCUUGCUUGAAGUAAUGGAAGCGAGUCAUGAGCAUCUUUGAGGUGUGAGCGCUCCUUCAUGGGUCGACACAAUCACUCAAAAAUGCAACACGCUGUAUGUCACAGAGCAUCUCAUGAGGUGUCAUUUAUUAUACAUUGAAGAAAAUCACACAAACUCCAAUAUGUAAUCCAGUGGAACCUCCAAAGAAGUGAAUUCAAUCAUUUCAGGACAUUUUUCAAGUAUCAUUUGAACAUUCUUAACUGUCUAACAAGUCAAAAGAAUAAAUAUUCUACAAUAAAGCUAAAAUGGAUCAAAACUACUCUUUGAAGGUAUUUGUUGGAAAGCUUCUCAAUUUAAUUAGCUACAUGCUCUUUACCAUAGCAUCUGAUUCCCUAAUUACAAUUGUGCCUAAUUGAUAUGUUUCACAAUCUUCGGUUGCAUGGUUAUUAUCACCCUUUCAAAAUGAAAGCUAUUGUGGUGGCGUCACAAAAAAACAAAAAAUAAAAAAAAAUAAACACACUGGUGGUGUGACACAUUUAGGUGAUGGCACACAUUUUGAUUGACUAGUUGAAUAUCAGUCCAGAAAAUUUGGUUGAACUCCAAAUUUUGGUGGUGGUUUGCCAUUGGAGGUUCCACUGCGGAAAUAAACAUGUCCAUUUGACCAAUUAUUCACGAUGUUACAGUGUCAUAAAGUGCUCAAUAAUCCAAAAUGAGCGAGUAAUGAACGAUUAUAUUCAUAUGGACAGACCCUUUCAAGCCAUAUUACGCACAACGUAAACCCUUGACAUUGACUAACGUUAACAUGCUGUGUAAAUAGUCUACUUUAGACGAAUAGGACAUCAAGGGUAUCAAUUCUGCAGCACACGGAGUUUAUAGUCCAUUCCUUGUGAAUGUUAGUGCAAAGAAAAAAAGAAAUCAUGAUUGUUGACAGCUUUCGUGCCGACUGUAUAGUAGUAGUUAAUCCCUUUUGUUGCAGCUGACCCGUCACUGUUAAAAAUGUGCUAUUUUGGCCACUUUGUUGUUUUUCAAAGCACUUAUUAACCAAAUUGUCUCGAUGCUUGUUACAACUGCCAACGUUGCUCCCCUUGUUUUUUGUGAGCUUAAAAUACACAGGUAGACAAACACUACUCCAGUGCAUUGUUUAGACGUUUGUGUAGU